UUUCUCGUCCUUUGCCCUUUCCCUUCUUGCUUUCCUUCCACAGUCUCUCUCUCUCUCUCUCUCUCUCUCUCUCUCUCUCUCUCUCUCUCUCCUUGGAUUUGCAGUGGAGAGGGCUACAGAGAAUCGAAAUUUCUCUCUGUUUCACCUUCUUAGUUCUUACUAACACAGAUAGAGAUAUAUAUGUAGAGAGAGAGAAAGCUAGCUGUAUAUAUAUUUUUACAUAUUGGGUUGAAAUGAAUCCUAUGGGGAAGCUGAGGAAAUUUGUUCAAAAAGGCGAUGGGAAAGAGAGGACGGAGAAUAAACUUUCGGCGCCUUUGAAUGAUCUCGCUCAAGCAUCACAGGAUAUGCAGGAUAUGAGAAAUUGCUAUGAUAGCUUACUUUCUGCUGCUGCUGCAACAGCAAAUAGUGCAUAUGAAUUUUCAGAGUCACUGCGAGAUAUGGGUAACUGUCUACUGGAGAAAACUGCGUUAAAUGAGGAUGACGAAAGCUCCAAAGUACUGUCAAUGUUGGGUAAUGUGCAGUUUGAACUUCAGAAACUUGUUGAUAGCUAUCGUUCGCAUGUAGUUACGACAAUUACAAGCCCGUCGGAGUCUCUUCUGAAUGACCUUCGGUCAGUGGAGGAGAUGAAACGGCAAUGCGAUGAAAAAAGACAUUUAUAUGAAUACAUGGUGGCACAACAGAGAGAGAAAGGAAAGUCAAAAAGUGGAAAAGUAGAAGUUUUUACUUCCCAGGAAUUACAAGCAACUCGUGAUGAAUAUGACGAGGAGGCAACCCUGUGCGUCUUCAGAUUAAAAUCUAUGAAGCAAGGGCAAUGCCGUAGUCUUUUAACUCAGGCAGCUCGUCAUCAUGCGGCUCAGUUAAAUUUCUUUCGCAAGGGUCUUAAAUCUCUUGAAGCACUUGAGCCACAUAUAAGAGUGGUCACAGAAAAGCAAGGCAUUGACUACCAGGUCAGUGGAUUCGAUGAUGGAGAAGAUGGGGAGGAUGAAGGUGUCAAUAGCCUUGAGACUAAUGAUGAAGGGGAAUUGAGUUUUGACUAUAGAUCAAAUAAGCCGGGCCUUGAUCCCGUUUCCACCUCAAGGAAUUCGAUGGAGGUAGAUCAUGUGGACCUUCCACGACCUCAAGUUUCAACUGUUGAAAAUGCAGAGGUAUUUCUCAAUAAAAACCCGGGGGAGCAGAUUUUCAGUCGGGACCAUCGAAUAGCCCAUUCUGCCCCAAUAUUUCCAGAGAAGAAGUUCGAUCCAGCUGAAAGGUUUAGAGAAAUGCAGCCAUCAUCUGCACGCAAGGCUCACAGUUAUGUUUUACCCACUCCAGGUGAUGCGAAGAGUUCAAUAUCUUCAAGAACAAGUAGUUCAGCUCUGCAGUCGAGGCCAACAAGCCACAGCGGAGGCUCCCAAAGUUUGUGGCAUUCAUCCCCACUGGAGCCUGACAAGCGUGGGAAAGAAUUCACAGAUGACAAAUUGUCAGUGCAAUUGCCCCCCGCUUUGGCUCAGGGACUUUCGCUUCCGCAUAGUGAUGCACAUAAUGCAUAUGAUGCUAAGAAAUUUAAAAGACAAGCUUUCUCUGGUCCUCUUACUAGUAAGCCAUUGUCAGCUAAGCCUGUUUUAUCUUCCAGUGGCCCCAUUACCUCCUCUGAACUUCCCCAACUCGUUUCUGGAUUGCUUACCCGAGUUCAAAUUCCUCAGCCGCCUUCUUCACCUCCAAAGGUAUCUCCCAGUGCUUCACCCCCAAUUGCAUCUUCUCCCAAAAUAAGUGAGCUUCACGAGCUUCCAAGGCCCCCAUCUGCUUUUGCCUCCAAGCCUGUAAGUUCUUCAAGUGGGCACUCUGCCCCUUUGGCCUUCAGGAAUCAAGAGCUUUCUCCAAAAAAUAAAGGCCCUACUGGGGCAUUUAGUUCUGCAUCUCCCCUUCCAACUCCUCCGCUAACCAUUCCUCGCUCUUUCUCUAUACCCUCUACUAAUCAGAGAGCAACAGCAUUACAUGUAGCCUCAGGGAAGGCUGAAGAAGUAUCUUCUCCUCCACUCACGCCUAUUGCUCUGUCACACAUGAAGCCAUUAUCAACUGUUUCAACAGUAGCCUCUCACUCUGGGAAAAUUCCAAGGUAACUGAAAUUUGUUAUCCCUUGUGAUUUCGUAAAACUGUUCCUUGUGUGAUAGUGGUUGGAUUUUGAAUGAUCCCAUCCUUCAUAGUUGUGUUCGGACGUGGGAUGAAGUAGAAUCCCGUAAGUGGUAACGGCUUUUGACUCCCAAGUCCAUGGUUCUCUCUGGUGCUUCAGUUCUGCCCAAUGAAAUGUAGUCAUUAACCACCUCUCUCUCUCUCUCUCGUCAAACCAAACCUUACAAUGUUAUCGAAUGGGUGCUGGCUUUGGCAUUUUUCCGAGUUGAGAGGAUGGUGCCGCAAUUGAGAGAAGCACGGCCAACCCUUCAUCCUGAAAAUAGAUGCUAAAUGUUUGUUCCGGCAUAAUGCAUGACUUCGAUGCAAGUGUCGAUCAUCUACAUAAAGCACAAGAUUAGUGGGGAAUUGGGGAGCAGGUUUUGCUAUAAUGAGUUGAAGCGAAUGUCAAAGAAAAUAUUUGUGUUCAUGGCUCAAACUCUGUGCUUCAAUGGGUGCAGGGGAGACCUGAUUCAUUGGCCUUCUGACCAGUAAGGGUCUGUGGAUAUGAUGUUUCUUGUAUGCUUUCAAUUGUUUUAUGGAAGUUUAUUUCCAUGUUGUUGAGGAACACAAUGUGAAGUCAGCUCUUUGCGAUUUUGUUAUAUUAGUACGAUCCUUAUAGCAUGUAAUUUGUAGAGAACUUGUUAGAUUUUUCAUCAGCGAGUAAUUCUAACGGAUGUUGGAUUCUCCA